AUGCGCGCCCUAUUGAGCAACCUUCCUACCUCAGAGGCUCGACGUCUCGCCAAUAGCCACUCCAAAGCGGGAGAUGUGGUCCCUCUCAUGUUAUCACUUGCAAACAACAACUUUGAUAUCGCUGAUGUCUUGCUGGAGUAUGGUGCUAAUGUUAAUGAGGAGGCUGGCAACCAAUCUGGAGGACCUAGGCAAACCCGCACGCCUCUUGGAGCAGUAAUAACAUUUAACAACAGAGAAACCAUAGGAGCUGUGGAUUGGCUUCUUCGACAUGGUGCGUCGCUUGUUACUAACCGAGAGGUUGGUUUCCCGGCUUUCGUCCCUGCUAUUAGGGCAAGCAUGAUAUAUGAGUAUUCCAAGUCGAACAUCUUGAUCCCCGCACGGCUUGACAACCUUCAACUGCCUGUCUUGGAGAGACUUGUAAACCACUUCUCUCGCCUAGAUCAGAUCAAUCACCAGGCCAAAGGAUACUUCGGCAUGACAGCGCUGCGUUUUGCAGUACUGAGGCUAAGCACAGAAGCAGUAAACUUAGUACUAAACGCAGGUGCUGAUCCAGAUAUUAAGGCUCAGUUCGAUAAGCCGCUAAGUGCCCGGGAACUGGCAAAUUCGUUGAGAGAGGGUGAUGUACCGGCUGAGGCAAAAGAAAGGGGACCAGAUGAAAUUCAGAAUUGUUUGUCGCGAUUUACUCUCAUACAAAGUAUGAUUAACAGUCGCAAGUAG